AUGGCCUGGCUCCUUUUAAAUAAUGGACCCGAAUCGGGCAUAAAAUUCUCAGCAUCACCUCCCAAGUUAAACGACAUUCUCCUCAACUGUUUUAUAGACUGGACACUCAACUUCCAUUCUCUGGUCCUCAGGCACAACGAGACCCAACAUUACAUCUUCGUGGUGGCCUGCCAGGACAGCGGGAAGCCUCCACUCUCUUCCACUGUCAGCGUCUACAUCAACGUGGUGGACGUCAAUGACAACGCACCGCUCUUCGACCCCAUGUCCUAUUCCAACGAGCUCUACGAGAACGCUACUGUGGGCACCAGUGUAGUCACCGUCACAGCCACUGAUCUGGACUCAGGAGAGAACGGGCGGGUGGAAUACAACAUCAUCGCAGGAGAUGAAGACUCGGCCUUCGAAGUGGACAUCGACAACGGGACAUUGAGGACUAGGAGACCUCUGGACAGGGAGACCAAGCCGGUCUACAACUUGGUUGUCAUGGCAACAGACCAAGCUAAGCUGGCGCACCACAGGCUAUCAUCAACCGUUCAGGUGAGCGUGGUGGUGAAAGACGUGAACGACGAGUGGCCCGAAUUUGUUUCGCCGAAGACGGCAGGGGUCGGGGAGAACUCGGCGGCGGGCACGGUGGUGCUGGCCGUGAAGGCGGUGGACAAGGACGAAGGAAGGAACGGCUACGUGGAGUACCGGCUGAGCGGGGAGGGCGCACCCACCUUCACCCUCGGGCCGGUGGACGGCCUCCUGCGGGUGGCGGGCCCCCUGGACAGGGAGCGAAGGGCCAACUACAGCCUCGAGGUGACCGCUCGGGACAGGGGAGAGCCCUCCAAGGACAACAAGCAAUCCCUCCUCAUCACUGUCUUGGACAUGAACGACAACGCGCCUGUCUUCGACCCCAAGCAGUACUCGGCUUCGGUACCAGAGAACGCCAGCAUCGGAGCGAGUGUUCUGCAGGUCUCAGCAACUGAUGUUGAUGAAGGCAUGAACGGCAGGAUACGCUAUUCCAUCGUCGGAGGUGACGAGAACCGCGACUUUUCGAUCGGUGAGGAUUCAGGGGUUGUACGGGUGGCUAAAAACUUGAACUUCGAGCGCAAGUCUCGCUACGCCCUCACCGUCAGGGCAGAGGAUUGCAGCCAGGAUUCGGCCACUAAACACGAUACAGCAGUGGUCACUGUGUCAGUUUCUGAUAUCAACGACAAUCCUCCAACGUUCCUUGAUUCUCCAUACCUCGCCUACGUAAUGGAAAAUGUUCUGCCUCCUCCAUCCGGCUACGUUAUCAAGGUGUCCGCCUUCGACGCUGAUACCCCACCAUUCAAUGGUCAAGUGCGAUACUUCUUGAAAGAGGGCGAUGGCGAACUUUUCAGAAUCAACACCUUCACUGGAGAGAUCUCUCUUCUCAAACCUCUAGACAGGGAGACUCAGGCGGAGUAUACAUUGUCACUAGUCGCAAUGGAUACAGCGAGGUGUAGUGUUCACAUCCUUGAACAGGCGAAGUAUAACAUGAGAAACAUGAGAUCUCUCAAGAGAGAGCACCUCAUUAGAACUGAUACCUGCAGCUGUCCGAUACAAAACUUUUCGCAACCGAUUGAUCGAUAG